GCUAAUUAUUAUACGAAGUGCUUGUCAAUGUGUACCACUGGUAAUCUCUUUAAAACGGGUCUUCAUUACAUAAAAAUCUGGAGGGAAAGAGAAGAUGCAGAUGCCGAUUUAGUCAAACAUCAAGAACUGAAAGAAACGGAACAGCUGUUUCUUGAGAGAGCUGCAAUUCACUAUCACAAAUUGAAGGAUACCAAAAAAAUGGUGAAAUUUGUUCAGGCCUUCAACUCGAUGGAGUUAAGACGCACGUUCUUGAGGUCUCGGGGUUAUCUUGAUGAGCUCAUGCUAUUAGAAGUACAUUCUGGCAAUUAUGUGGAGGCUUCCAACAUUGCAAGGCAUAAAGGAAAUUCUGACCUGCUUCACUUCUUCAAGACAUCUUUCCCUGCAGACUCAAAAAUGAUGCUGGAAAGUAUGUUAAGUUUUAGAAAAACUGAGCUUUGGAAGAAUCUAAUUAGACAGAGUAUGGUUGAAGACGUCAUGGGCUCCACGGCAAAGUUGAAACAUGGUCAGUUUUGGAGAGUGGUGAUGUUGGUAUUAAUGUCUGCAGAUCUUAAUGAUGAAUUAUAUCAGGAGAUAGUAAAGCGUUCUGUUCACAUCCCGAAAUGGGAAUUAUUCCUGAAGGAGUUUAAACAGUAUAUGCGUUCAGGAUUGUUUACGUUGUCUUUUGCUAAGAAGUUUAGCGAGGCACUACAAUAUACAUUCUGUGCCAAUUGGAGGAAACAGUCCGCCUAUGUCUCACCAGACUGCUUUAUAUAUCUUCUUGAAGGGUACAUGUGUUUUCAUUACAAAAACUUAUCUCAUUGAAAUGCUUUCGGUUGAGAACUGGAAUUGGAACUCGAAUACCAUUGAAACAGCUGAUUUUAGUGAACUUGUGGCAAGCUUCUCUAGUUUUGUCUCAGACGUGGUGCAUCAACAUGUUCUAAGUGGGGAGGGCGCUGUGGAUUGGAUUAUGAAGACUGAUUUUUUUGUCGAAAACUUUUCGGCAAUCGUAUUGAGAGUGUUUAAAUUGAUUACUUUAAUGGCUAAGAACUACAAUUUGUUUCUUCCUCUGUUACACAAGCUAAUGGUAAGUAACGGAGUAACUUCCCAACUUCCGCCGAAGUUAUGUGAGGUCCUUUACAGUGGUUUAGUGGACCAAAAACCUGUCAUCGACGAAGCAUUUAAAGCAAUUGGGGAUCCUUUGGUCAUUCUGUUUUCAGGAAAUCAUCGUCCGGAACCCUGCCCCGAUUCUAUAUUUAUAGAAAUGGAUGGGAUCCAUUGCAAAGAAGACAUAAUUCGAUUGAUUUCCCUAGAUAACCCAAAUUCUGACAAAAAAGAGUCCUUAGACAUUUCAGAGACUAUACACCCCAGUGAUGUGAACUGUACUUCGUGCAAUACUGAUCAGGGAAAUGAAGUGUGUGAUAUCAGGAGGAGUUAUAUGCAUUUUUGGAAUACAUUUGAUAUUUCAAAGUUUAAAACGGAAGAGGUUGAGGGUGAACCAGUGAUAAGUGCUGUUAGCAAACUCCAAAUGAAGGUUGAGGUAGAGGAAUGCAUCCGUGUUCUUGGUGGCACUAUCACAAAACUUAACAAGAAUGGGUCUGCUGGUGAUUCUGAAGCAGAAACCAUGCUUAGCGAAUUGAAUCAACUCUCUGCUUCUUUAAGCAUCAGUGACAAUGAACUGCAGCAUAAUAUUUCAACAAUUGAAGCUCUUUUUAAGAAGUUGAGCAUGAGGGAACAGACGUUAAGAGAACCGAUGGACUCUUUGUUUUUGGAUGCCAAUGUUUCUCCAGAAGUCCGAAAUAAUAACAGCAAGAGGAAGGAAAAUCUGAAGAGGAAGAAAAAAGGCAAAGGCAAGAGGAGGUAGAACAUGUAUGCGUUCCCCAUCAGAGGUGUUGAUGUGUACCUAGUUGUUCCUGAUCAUUUUCAUUUUGUACACUUCCUUGAGAGAACAUUACCUGGGAUUGAAGCAUGAGUAAGCUCGAGUAAAGAAGACAUGUCUGAAUUCCAACGUCAUGAGUAACUUCCUGCAACUAUCUCUUAGUAGUAUAUGGGAUGACCAUAAAAUGAUUUUCUUCCUGUUUUUUCACUUCUUUUUGUAUC